CCGAUCACCGUUGUUGACCCCAGCACUGUUGUUGCCCCUACGUGGCUGAUACCAAGACAGCAGAGGCGGCUGCCAAGAGGUCCGGAGAAAGCGCUGUCAAAGAAAGAUCAGGCUCCUCCGACCGUCCCCAACCUCUCUCAGCAGGACCCUAACUACGCCAGCGAUGCCAAGUUGUUGGCUGCUGCAGAGAAUGUCCUGGACGGGUCCGAGGCGUCGGUCAGCAAGCAGCUGACCACCCAGGGAGACCUCGCCAGCUUUGUGUGCCAGGACAACAGGCCCGGACCCUCGUCCCUCCGAGAGACCUCGGAACCCAGUGGCGUCGUUCUGGAGGGCUGGCAGAAGUUCUGGGAGCAGCCGCCUGAAUCCGCCCAAGCCCUCGGUAUAGCCCCAGCGAACAUCAAGUGGCUGAAGACCAACGAGACCUACAGGCUGUUCAAGAGGGCGUCCAAGUACAAGAAUGUCAGGGGAGAGAUGGCCGAGAGGAAGCUCUUUAAGGAGAAGAUGGAGUUCCACCCGCCCCCACCUGCUAUGGCCGUCAAAGGAGCUGUGCCCAACAUGCUCUCCUUCUUCACCACCCCUGCCUUCUUCUGGCGGCCGGUCGGCGUGAUGAAGGCAUUGAUCCGCUGCCCCAACACCAACUGCCCCGCACCGCCAGAGUACUACCUGGAGAAGAGAGGGUCCAGCAGUUACGCCAGGCAAGUGUGCGGCAUGAACUUCCAUUACACCCUGCUGACCGAGAGGUUGAUGUGCAAACACUGUCUCAAGCUGAGGGAGGAGCCGAGCCAGGCGUACGCAGACAACAGCGACGACUACGACGGCGAGGAGGACGGCGCCCACCGUGCCCAGCAGCAGUACACCUGGCUGGCGUACAGUCCGAAAAUUCUGAUGAACCUCAGCAAGUGUGCUGUGGACAGGAGUGUGGUCACCCUGAUUCCCCGACUCAGCGCUGUCUCAAUGAGCAAGGUGCAGAGGCUGCUGCAGCAGGGCGACGAGUGGUACAUGGAGCGUCGGGACCUGUACCAGACUCUUAACAAUGUUUGGUACAUUGUCUGGGUCUGCGGUGUAUUCGCGGGUUUUGUCCUGCAAAAAUCUGCAGGUCCAAUCAGUGAAAAGAGGGAGUGGCUGAGAACGAUGACAUUGAGGUUGUGUGCUAGUUUGAAUGUGAACCGAGAUAAGCAUGCUAAAUGCAUUGAAAAUUAAUGAAUGCGCUAUCAAUCACCACUGUAAUGACCUGACGAUCCAUGGAAAUACUUUAAAAACGUUAUCAGACACUCUAGCUCACUUCUUAAGACCAUAGAGAUGGUGUUACAACAGUGUGGAGUUGAAAUUCGAUGUGUAAAUAUGCUUUAGAAGUGUAAACAUGUCAACCGCGAUUUGCAUGCCAAAAACAGACCGAUGAAUGAAUGGGCUGUUUUUGGUUACUGCUUUUACGAGGGCUGGGGGUCUCUAAAAAUGUAUUUAAGCCCUCAUCUGAUCAUCAGGCUAGCAUGUUUAGACUUUGUAGAUGUUGUUACUACAGUGUGGAGUCGAAAUUUGAGGUCUAAAUAGGCUUUAGAUAUGUAGCAAACAGAACACCUGAUUUUUAAGGUGUGUUAAAGGAAAAUUCCGGUAUUUAGCACUUUGAGUCCCUUUUCUGGUUUGUUUUGGAUGAACUAGAGUGGUGGACACCAAAAUU